AUGGACGAAUCCACUAAAACCCUCACCGAGUCGCUGAAUGUCGUCAAGGUUCAGCGCGUGCAGCUCAAGCGGUUUCUCGAUGCGGACCGCGUAAUGGACGCGCUCAAGUGCGCGUCGACGAUGCUCGGCGAGCUGCGCUCCUCGUCGCUCACGCCGAAGCACUACUACGAGCUGUACAUGGCGGUGUUUGACGCGCUGCGCCAUCUUUCUAUUUAUUUGUACGACGCGCACACCGCUGGCAAGCACCACCUCGCGGAUCUGUACGAGCUCGUGCAGUACUGCGGCAACAUUGUGCCGCGCCUCUACCUCAUGGUGACGGUGGGGAGCGUGUACAUGUCAGUGCCAGACGCGCCGAUCAAGGAAAUCAUGAAGGACAUGAUGGAAAUGAGCAGGGGCGUGCAGCAUCCCACGCGCGGCCUCUUUCUGCGCCACUACCUCUCGGGCGCGACCCGCGACCACCUGCCCAUCGGCACGGACCCGGGGCCGGUCGGCGAGCUCUCGGACAGCAUCAGCUUUGUGCUGACCAACUUUAUCGAGAUGAACAAGCUCUGGGUGCGCCAGCAGCACCUCGGCCACUCGCGCGACCGCGAGAAGCGGGAAAACGAGCGCAAGGAGCUCCGCAUCCUCGUCGGCACCAACCUCGUGCGCCUCUCGCAGCUCGAGGGCGUCACGCUCGAGGUCUACCAAGAGACGAUCCUGCCCAAGGUGCUCGAGCAGGUGAUCAACUGCAAGGACGUCAUCGCCCAGGAGUACCUCAUGGAGGUCAUUAUCCAGGUGUUCCCCGACGACUUUCACCUGCACACACUCUCGCUGAUCCUCUCGGCCUGCGCGCGUCUGCACCCCAAGGUCAGCGUCAAGCAGAUCGUCAUUGCGCUCAUCUCGCGUCUCGCGGCGUACGCUGCGCGCGAGGCCGAGAACGAGAGCCCAGAAGAGACGCGCCGCCAGGAGGAAGAGGCCACGGCGCGCCUUGCCGAAAAGAUGGGCGCAAUGCGCGCCGCAAAGCCGAUCGCCACCGCCGCCAUCUGGGACGAGAUCACCGACGAGCAGAGCCGCCUCAAGGACAAGUGGAGCCUCUUUGCCGAGGAGCUCAGCGAGGCAGUGCCGGCUGCGGACAACACCGAAGGCUCGAUCUGGAACGACGCGCCGCGGCCCAACAUCUGGAGCAAGGCGAAAAAGGCCGACCAGGAGCCUCCCAAGGAGCCCAAGGAGCCCGCCGCAGACAAGGUCGAGGAUGCGGCGCCGGAGCCCCAAGCCCCGGCCGACGAUACGCCCAAGGUCGACAAGGGCAAGCAGCCCGAACGGAUCGUGCGCAAGUUCCGCGGCAUUCCAGAGGACGUGCGCCUGUUUGAGGUGUUCUGGGAGCAGAUCGUCCUCCUUAUGCGUGCGCGCCCGGACCUGUCGGUGAACGACACAUCGGCACUCCUGCUCGCCUUGCUCGACCUGUCGCUGUCGUGCUACCCCGACCGCUUGGAGUACGUCGACCAGGUCUUUGGCUUUGCCAACGACAAGUUCACCGAGGCCGCGGAAGCGACCGAUGCAAGCUACGUCGCAAGCAACGCAAACUUCCACGCGCUGCUCCUCGCGCCGGUGAACUCGUACGCGAGCGCCCUGACGCUAUUGGCGCUGCCCAACUUUCACGCUCUGUGGGCACAGCAGCCUCUUCUUACACAGCGUGCGAUUGCACAGGCGAUUGUGCGCUCCAUGCUGCGUCGCGACACGGUCGUGAGCACGCCAGAAGAGGCCGACGGUAUCCUCACGCUCCUCUCGACGCUGAUCGAGGACCAGCCGGACAUCUCGAGCCAGGGACUCGCGAGCACCGCGCAGCAGGCCUCGGCCCAGGCCGGUCUGCGGCCCGCCCAGGCAUUUGCGCAGGCGCAGCAGGGCUACUACUCGCCGGCGAUCGCGAGUCACAUGGAGGAAAUCGCCGAGAAGCAAGGCACCCUCGCGCGGCUCGUGCACCUUUUCCGUGCCAACGACCCCGAGGUCCAGCUGAGCCUCUUGCACAUUGCGCGCCAGCAUCUUGCCAAGGGCAACGAAUGCAUCCGCUUCACGUUCCCUCCGCUGAUUACGUCGGCAAUCAAGCUCGCGCGUCGCUACCGCCUGUGGCAGAACCGCGACAAGGAGUACGAAGCGCACAUGACGACGCUCUUUUACUUUGUCCACCAGCUCAUCUCGACGCUGUACAACCAGGUCGAGUCGUCGGAGCUGAGCCUGCGCCUCUUUUUGCUGAUCGCCGAGGUCGCCGACGACAAUGGCUUCGAGGAGCUUGCGUACGAAUUCUACGUGCAGUCGUUUACCAUCUACGAGGAGUCGAUCUCCGAUUCGCGCUCGCAGCUCCAGGCCAUUGGGCUGAUCAUCAGCACCUUGUACAAAGCACGCAUCUUUGGACCGGACAAUUACGACACCCUGAUCACCAAAGCGGCGCUCUACUCCGCCAAGCUCCUCAAGCGGCCCCACCAAGCCGCCGCUGUGAUGAUGGCCAGCCACCUCUGGUGGCAGGUGGACGGCGCAAAGGACGUCGGUCUCAAGCACAAGUACCCGCUGGUACGCGACGGCCGCCGUGUCCUGGAAUGCCUCCAAAAGACGCUGCGGAUCGCGAAUGGAUGCAUCAACGAGCACACGACGGUGGAAAUCUUCUGCCAUGCGCUCAGCAAGUACCUGUACUACUUUGAGCAGGGCGUCGAGGCGGUCACGGCCAAGUACAUCAACUCACUGGUGGACCUGAUUGCCAAGGGCCUUCAGACGCUGUCUACGGAGCAAAAGGCCGCGAGCUGGGGGCACGACUUUUUCGACGCGCCUACCUCGCCGGAUGCGAUCCAGCAGCACUUCAAGGGACAACUGCAAUACAUCCAAGAAAAGAAACAGGCUGCAUUGCAGCAGAUCGCAAGCGACUCGGACGAGCCCUAUAUCGGCCCGGACUGGAGCAGCAUCGAGAUUGGUAGCGCACUGACCAGGAUGCGGACAUAG